CUGGCCACCUCACUGCAUCCCCUGGCCACCUCACUGCAUCCCCUGGCCACCUCACUGCAUCCCCUGGCCACUCUGCGCUGGAAGAGGGUCCUCGGAGCCCCAGGAGACCCAUCGAGGCCGCCUCGUGAGGGAACCGGGAACGGAUCUGUCCAACUGCAACGUGUCCUGUUCCAAAUUGCAAGCGGGCAUCCAGGUGUCCCCGGCCACCCGAGGGGGUCCGUGUACCCGGGCCGGGGUCCGGCCGUCUCCUCUGGGACUGGGGUCCGCCCUCCCCCCACACUUCCGUUGCCCAGAUGGAGAUGGAGGAGAGGCCAGAGGCCGCCAACGGGGAGGCCGGUGAGGAGGAGGAGGAGGGCAAGGCUCCCGUUACCCGCCCGGCCUGGGCCAACAAAACCGAGUACAUCCUGGCUCAGGUCGGGUUCUCCGUGGGGCUGGGGAAUGUCUGGAGGUUCCCGUAUCUGUGUCAUCAGAAUGGAGGCGGCACCUUUCUGCUUCUGUACAUGCUUCUCCUGACCUUCAUUGGUAUCCCACUGCUCUUCAUGGAGAUGGCGGCGGGCCAGGACCUGCGGCAGGGCAGCAUCGGCGUCUGGAAACGCAUCAGCCCGCGCCUCGGGGGCGUGGGCUAUGCCAGCUGUGUGGUGUGUGGCUUCGUUGGCCUCUACUACAACGUGAUCCUCGCCUGGAGCCUCUUUUACCUGAGCCAUUCGUUCCAGGCCCCGCUGCCCUGGGAGACCUGCCCACUCCUACCCAAUAGCACCAAUGCCGUGCCUGAGUGUGAUCACUCCUCCCCGACUACGUAUUUCUGGUACCGGAAAACUCUGGAGGUCACUGGCUCCAUCGGGGAGAGCGGUGGCCUUGUCCUGGCUCUCUCCCUUGCGCUCCUGGCCGCCUGGUUCUUGGUCUGUGGGGCCAUGAUUCGUGGGAUCAAGUCCUCUGGGAAGGUGUUGUAUUUCUCCACGCUGUUCCCCUACCUGGUGCUGCUGUGCCUGCUGAUCCGGGGGUUGCUGCUUGACGGGGCUACCGCCGGCCUGAAGCACAUGCUGCAAACUCAGCCCUCAGCUCUGCUGUCCAUCCCGGUGUGGCGUCGGGCGGGCACCCAGGUUUUCUUCGCGCUGGGCCUGGGCUUCGGCAGCGUCGUGGCCUUCGCCUCCUAUACGCGCCGGGAAAACAACUGUGCCCGCGACGCCUGGAUGGUGGCCUAUAUCAACUUGGCCACGUCCCUGCUGGCCACUCUCGUGGUCUACUCCGUCUUGGGUUUUCGAGCCAUGACCCUGACCCGCCGCUGUGCCAUCCGGAAUGCGGAGGCUCUGGUGCAGCUCACCGCAGGGAAUCUGCUGCCCUCUGAGGCUCUGCCCCCUACCAACCUGUCGGACCUGCCAGCCACCACAUUCAACCGCUGGUUCCGAGCACUGCACCCGGACCUGGCCGCCCAGCUCCACCAGUUCAACAUGUCUUCCUGCAGCCUGGAGGAAGAGCUGAACAAAGGUGUGGAAGGCCCAGGCUUGGCCUUUGUGGUGUUCACUGAGGCUCUGACGCUCUUCCCCGGCGCCCCGUUCUGGGCAGUGCUCUUCUUCCUGAUGCUGCUGAACCUGGGGCUGAGCACCAUGCUGGGCACCUUGCAGGGCAUCCUCACCCCCCUGCAGGACGCCUUCCACUUGCUGCGCUCCCGCCGGACCCUGCUCACCAUUGGCGCCUGUUUGCUGGGCUUCCUGGGUGGCCUCCUCUUCACCCAGGGCUCGGGCAGCUACUUCCUGGCCAUGUUCGAUGACUAUUCGGCCACCUUGCCUCUCAUCGCCGUGGUGGUCUGCGAGAACAUGGCCGUGGCCUGGGUCUACGGAGCCGACCGGUUCCUGGCGGACAUCGAGGUCAUGCUGGGGCACCGGCCCUGGCCCGGCUACCGGUUUUUGUGGCGCUACGUGACGCUGGUGGGCAUGGUCGGGCUGCUGUUGGCCAGCAUGGUGCAGAUAUGUCUGCAGGUCCCCACCUAUCGUGCCUGGGAUGCCCAGAAGGCUCACGAGGUGGACCUCCCCUACCCACCCUGGGCUCUGGCCAUGCUCAUCAUCCUCAUCGUCUUGGCCAUCCUGCCCAUUCCCACCGCCCUCCUGCACCGACUCUACCAGGAAUACCAGGCCCAGAAAGGAAUCUCGCCCAGGGAACUUGUCCCUGCCCCUGAGGACGAUGGCCCUGCCAACGGUUAUGUGCCCGUGAGGACGGAGUAGGGGCAGAGAUGGAGGCCAAGGUGGACACAGGACGGACCCUCCCCCUCCACGCUUCAUCUAGGGGGCAGGGGCUUCAGAUGCUUGGGCUCUCAUCCUCUCACCCCCCUGCCCUCUCCCCACCCGCCCCCCCCCCCACCAUCCUUUCAUCCCCUUCAUGCCACACAAACACACCCAUAUCAUCCUCGUCCUCUUGUCCCACUCCGCACUGCACACACACACCAUCCUCUCAUUCCCCUCCACCACCGCCCCCCGCCGUAACGCCAUCCUCUCAUCCCCGCCCCUGUAUCCCCGCACACACAUACACACCUCCCUCCCUGGGCUCCCUCUGGAACCAGGGCAGCAAGGAGAGGAGACGAAUUUGCCCAACAACAGAUGACAACAUUGAAUUCUGCCCCUCCGAUAGCCUCUCUGGCCACUGAAGGACAAGCGGCCGGGCACCCGGUGCCAUCAUCACAUUCCGCAAGGUGGACGAUUCGGCCGGCGACCAGUGACGACGGAGUCAUCAGAUUCCACUAAGUGGAUACCCUGCCUACCAACCUCCGCCGUCCUCAGCUCCAACGGGUAUCUCAUC